UUUCACCUCGUACUACCUCUCCUCCAGCCUACAUCAGCUGGGCUCACAGGAUGCUGCGCUAAGACACGUCAAGGACAUCUCGGUAACAACAGGUAUUUGAGAAAUUUGUAAAAAUGGUUGGAUUCUUCCAAAUGUUGAGAAAGAAAAAGGAGCUGAUCCCUCUGAUAGGGUUCAUGGCUUUUGCUGCAACAGGAGCCACAUCUGCUGCUCUCUACUUUCUAUUUACCAAACCUGAUGUUAUUUUGAAUAAAACCAAAAACCCCGAACCAUGGGAGAGACUGGACCCAUCAAAACCCCAAAAGCUCAUCACCAUCAAUCAGCAGUGGAAACCAGUGGAGGAGCUGGAGUAUGUGAAGAGUCUCACCAAGUAAAAGAAGGCGUGCGCCUUCUAGAAAGAUCCACCGUCUGACCACCUGCCUGCCCCCCCCCCCCCCUCCCCCAUCAGUCUAACAGAAUCCUUUCUGCACAAACUUUGCUUUGACACUCAGUGUGCGGAAAUGCUUCUGCUCCACUGGUGGGGCUUCACCCUGCUCUGUAGUGGCCCAGCACGAGGACAUCCAUCCACAACGGUAGAAAACUAUGGUAACAGAUACUGAAUGCACUUAUUUACUCUGUGACUACUGCUAGAGGGCUUCAUUGACACUGAUCAAGCUGCGGUGUUUCAUUGCUCUUACAGUCGAUGUUAAUGUACGAUAGUGUCUAAAUGUGACAGACACAAUGUAGACUCGGUUAUAUAGUAAUGUACAGGUUCAAUAAAUUAUUAUUGUGAACAAGC